CUCACUGCCAUCCCUCUUGUUGUUCGAAACCAAGGUUUACCAUAACCGUAUCAGAUACGGCAGAGGCCACCUUCAUAGUCAUCCGUGCGGUGUUUCGCGCCCUCAUUGGCGGCGUGCAACUCGAGAACCAAGUGCUCAUCCACACCGUGUAUGCAGGUGAAAUCUUGGCCCAGGUCCAGUUCAACCAGUCCUUCCCGUUUACUGUGGACAAGAAGGCGCACAUCAAGCUGGUUCCAGAAAGCGAUGUCAAACUCGGAAUUUUUGUAAAUGGGACAAAGCUGAUGAGUUACGACUCGCCAACACCACUAGCUAUUCUGAGACAUGUUGACAUCAGUAACGAGUCGUAUGUGAAUUCUGCUGAUGUCUUGUGCAAAAUUUGUGAUAUCAAAAGCGCUCCCAAAUUCCCUAAUAUCGAAGUAACACGGUGGACAAAGAAGUGGCCGCAACAAGGCAUCAUCAGAUGCAGGAGCGACACCACAUGGCGAGGGAACACUCCACCACGAGCAACUUGUGUCGGCGACAUUUGGUCCGUGAAUGGUCAAUGCCUGCCGAGAUUUAUAUACAACGCUGUCCCAGGUCAGGUCUACACCUUGCCUAGAGUUGUCGUCGCCGGCCAUCAAGUAUCCGUUAAAGGGACACCGUUGACUAAUACAGGUUUCAAUUUGGUUUUUACAAGAGAAAAAAUGGAAGCAGUCACUUACUCAUUUAAUUUCAAAAAAGAAAAAAGUGAGAAAAUCCACAUCGACGAGAGUACUAGGAAAAUGUCUUUUGGACAAGUUCCUUUGGUAGUUGGCCGACCCUUUAUCAUCAGGUUAAAAAUAGCAAAAGACAACGAAAUUGAUGCUCUCGUUGAAGACCAAGACAGUCUGCUGGCCAUCAUGACAUCCUCGCCACUAACGGGCCCGCAGGGUAUUACUGGCUUUGGUGUGACAGGAGACGUAGCUGCCAGCGUGAUUGAUCUACAGAACGACCUCGAAUAUAAAAAUUGGUCUUUUCCGAAACUCUUAGGACGGUUACCCGCGUGUAACUCUGCUCCCCUUAUUCCGAAUGGCAGAGCAACUCUGAGAAAUAAAGUCUAUCCGUUGGCCGAAGUUACAUGCAACGAAAACUUUGUGUGGAGUACGGAAGGACCUUCAGUCGUGACUUGCGACAGGUUCUUAGGUUGGCAAGUCAACGGCACUUGCAAUCAAGCUGUUUGGUCAAACAAGCUAGCGCCUGCCCCCGACACUUACCCCCUGCCUUUGGUGAUGAGAAUUGGACAUGAAAUUUGCAUCUCAGCCAAAGUUGGAACGAGCAGAUUCCUAGAGAUACUAUUUAGAAAAGACAAUGAGGUCUUAUUUUCCUUAAAAAUCCGUUUUAAAGAGAACAUCGAAGGUACACAAAUUACUGGCGGCAAGUAUCGUCAGAGUCAACAAUAUUCGACAGAUUGGUCUAUCCCCCAGAAUGGAAUUAUAUUUAUAAAAGUCAAAGUAACCACCGAAAGAGAGCUUGAGUUCCAGCUGAAUUCUCCUCACAAGUAUAAAUUUAAUAUGGAUUCAAGUGUCAAAUACAUUAACAACCUUGCUGAUUUGGAGGGUAUCCUAAAGAUCGAUCUUGCCUGCCAUCUACAUCUCCAAACAUUCUGCACCAAGGACCUUGUUCCGUCUGUUAAUCACGGGAGUCUGCUUUGGGUGCCAUCACAAGUCUCAGCCCAAGCACUUACCAUCAAAGUCACCUGCGAGAACAACUUCACUGUAGUUGAAGACACAGAAGGCGUCUGUGACCUCAAGGUUGGCUGGCAGGUUACGGGGCAAUGUAGACCCCGCGAAAACCUUGUUGGGGAGCUGAUGCAACCGGAUUUUGGAUUUAAAAUUGUACCCUUGCCUAGGUUAGGACAGAAAAUCUGUUUAACCUUCGACACUGAAGUUGUUAAAAGUAAGAGGUCUCGUAUAAAAAUGAGGACAGAGAACGGAGAGGUCGCCUAUGCUUUUAUGUAUGACACUUCCUCUUCCACCUGGACCUCUCAGGUCAUGGAGGGUACUAGUGUCAACAGCAUGGCAAGAUGCAAUCUCAUAUACUUCGAGGAGAAAGAGGAGUUUUCCAUCAAUCUGACUAUGAUCCAGAACAAUAUGAUCGUUAUGACUGCGGGGGAAAGCGCUGACAACUGUACCAGCACUUCCCUUACUUCAAUAAACGAUCUCCGGUUCAUUAACAGCGAAUUUCCACUACGAUCUAUCAACAUGGAGUGCGAAGCAUUGGAAGAAUUACAGAAAAAAAUCCUCUGCUCAAAGCUGAAUGCACCAAUCUGGAAACAAGCGAUCACGAUCUGGAAUUUUUUGGGGGAUAGUGCUGAAGCAGCUAUAGUAUGUCAACCGGGUUUUGUCUGGAGUGGAUCUCACCGGCCAAUGGCUGUUUGUGACGGAUGGAUUGGCUGGAAUUCGGAUGGGGACUGUAUACCAAAGAGAUGGAACUCGUUUGAUAUGUCGGAGUACCCAGAGGGUGUACCUUUGAGAAGAAUGAAAAAUGGCCAAGUUAUCUGCUUUAAUAUCCCCGUGACAACCACAUCCACGCCUACCAUCACCAUCAACACCUACUCAGAUAUCCUAAUGAACAUCACAGUCGACUCGUGGCAAAACAAACUUUCAAGGAAAGGAGAGUUAGCAAGACAGACGAGUAACGGGGAAGGCAUUCCCAUCACACUGACAGCAUUAGACAGUUUCCAUGUCGUGGUCAAACUGGGAGAAGAAUUCUUCGUCGUCAAGAGUCAAAGGGAACUAUUAUAUUUUGUUAGAUUCCUCAAGACCAACUUCAACCUUUUUGACGUGAACGUGGUGUGCGAACAGCAAAGCUAAAGAGUUUUUAAAUGAACAAUGUUAUCUUUACUGUAUCGUUUUGCUAGAUAUUAUUUUAUAAGAUUCUUAAACGCAUUAACCCAAAUUGUAUUGUUAAAUGAAGACAAACUGACGUUGGAAAAUUAAUUAAAAUAAGGCAGUAACUAAAUAGAUUGUGUUCAUGUUUAUUUAAAUUCCUGUUAAAUUUUCUUGUCAUAUUUUGAAAUUAUAUCGCCGAUGUAGCAUAAUAAACUGAAGUUGAC